UUUGGCUUGGCCAAAUUGGCACCAUCGUUGCCAGCUUCAUUGAAGAUGUUAUGUUUGUGGGGUGAGGAUGCAUUCAAAGAUGGGAAUACAAUCAACUUCUACAUGGAGCCUGAAGUGUUUGGAUAUUCUCGCAAGACAUUUAUAUUGGGAAAAGAUGUUAGGCGACUUGCAAGCAUGAGGGAAGUAACUGGAACUUGCAUUGCUGUGUAUCAAAGGUACCUCUAUGAUAAGUUGAAGGCUUAUAAAAUGCUGGACAUGGUUGCGUUUGUUGACCCUUCACUUAUUGGUGCUGUGGGGUGUGGGAAUGGAACUGUCAAGGCCCAACACAUCAAAGAUAGGCUUGUAACUGCUAAACCAGGGCAGAUGUUCAUGCUGCCAUAUAACUCGGGGUAAGUUAAUGAAUGUUUGCA